GUAAAUUGCAAUGAUAAUCAACCAUGUGUAAUUAUUGUUGGUUCUGGAGUAUCUGGAAUUGCUGCAGCAUCCAAGCUUAUGGAAAAUGGCUUUAAUGAUGUCAAAAUUCUAGAGGCAGAAAAUAGAAUUGGAGGCCGAAUAUUUACCACAAAUUUCGCUGGUAAAAAAGUUGAAUUGGGUGCCCAAUGGGUCUACGGGGCAGAAGGAAAUGUUGUUUACAAGUUGGCAUCGCCAUAUGGAGUGAUAGACAAAGGAGACGAUAGAGUAAUAAAUAUUUUUGAUAAUGUAAUUGAUUCUGAUGGCAAUGUAAUAAAACAAGAUACCGUCUCAGCUUUUAAUAAAUUUUUUGCCAAAGUGGAAGAGGAUUUGGUAGCAUAUGCUGAAAAAAAUAAAAAUUCUCCUUUAGGCGAUUACUUUAAGAAUGAAAUUCAUAAGUAUGUGGAAUCACAUCAAGAAUGUAAGGAGAAUAAAGACGGAUUGACACGUCUCACUGAUAUGACAAUGAUGUCGAUAUAUUCUGCAAAUUCAUGGGAUAAUGUUUCAACAGUAUCUAUUAGAGAUUUUCACAGUAGUCCUGGUGAAUUUUUCAUUAGCUGGAAAACAAAUGGAUAUAAAACUCUUCUUGACAUAUUAAUGAAACGUUUUCCGAAACCAGAAGAAGAAUUACCAGUUAUGAAGAAUACAAAAUUAAACGCUGAAGUAGAAUCAAUUGAUUACUCAGAUCCAAAUGGAAAAGUUAAAGUAAAAACUACAAAUGGAGAUGAAUAUACUGCAGACUAUGUAAUCGUCACAUCCUCCGUUGGUGUGUUAAAAAUCAAACACAAGUCAAUGUUCAAACCCAUUUUACCAGAUGAUAAACAAAAAGCAAUCGAGGGAACCGGUUUCGGAAAUGUAGGAAAAGUUUAUCUUUCCUUUGAUGCACCAUGGUGGAAGGAAGAUAUGGAUUAUGGUAUCAAUCUUAUUUGGAAGAACAAAGAUUUAGAAAAUCUCGAAAAGGAUAAUAAGAAGAACUGGCUUAGGGGAUUAGCUGGAUUUACUUCAAGUCCCUAUAUGCCAAAUAUACUCGAAGCAUGGAUAUCCGGGGUAAAGAACACUGAGGACAUGGAAAAACUAUCGGAUGAUGAAGUCAAAAGUCAUGUUGUUGAAAUUAUGAACCGAUUUUUCGGAAAGACACACACCGUCACUAAUCCCACUGGAAUCCUUAGAUCUAAAUGGCUCACCAAUAAGAAUUUCAUGGGAUCCCUCAGCUACAGAAGUGUAGAGAGUGACCCUGAUGUUGCUAAUCCAACAAAAUUAUCAGAACCCAUUGGAAAAGGAAAACCAGUCGUUCUAUUUGCCGGCGAGGCAACGAGUCCCCAUCACUUUGCCACAGUUCAUGGUGCACUUGAAACUGGAUGGAGGGAAGCUGAAAGAAUAAUGAAACAACAUCCAAAUAUUAAAAAAUAGAUUUUCAACUAUCUCGAUGCUUCCCUUCUGGAAACAUUAUUUUCAAAUGAGAGAAAUUAAAAAUUGUAAAAUUAGAGUAAACAUUUGU